AUGUUGCGAAAAAUAUUGACUCUCGUGAUAGUUAUCACUUUCGUGAUUUAUGUUGUGGCUGAUGAAGGGUUGGGCGGUGACAAAAGUGACGAUAAAACGGAAAUCACGCCCAGGAGGCGAAAGCAUCUCUACCACGCUCUCUUUCCUCUGGUUGGAUUGGGUGGUCUUCAUGCCAUAUCUGCCUUCGUGGCGAUCAAACUGAAGCUGGUCAUUGUGUUCAUCCUGAUCGUGGCUACAGCCUUUUUCGGAUUCAAAAUCUGGACGGGAGCCUCACUGUUUGGGUGCAAGAAUCACGGUCCACAAGAAAUUGAAGGCGCUAUUGUUCCUUAUGAGCAUGGUCCUUUCGUGUCUCACAGUGGACCUGGGAUUUCCUACAACGGCCCAGAUCCUUACAGUGCCUGGAAUCCGGAUACAUUGUCGACAGCACCGUCUUCAAGUGAUCAUUUUCACCACGAUUUCAGUCACGACUUUCAUCAUGAUUUCCAUCAUGACGCUUCUCCUCAUGACGUCUCUCAUGAUCAUUCGCACGACACAACAGCAGCUUCAGGAGCUUCAGCACCUGACGUCACUUCCAAGAGAAGGGUCGCUUAUCAGAACAGUGGAGGCCGCUCAGCCCGCCAAAACUCUUUUGACUGGACAAGUAUGGCUUUUGCCGUCCUGGGAGUCGAUACGAUGGUUUGCAGGAAGAGAUUCGUCUGCGAAAUGGAAGUUCAGUCCAAAGACAAUCCAUUCUUUGGCUUCGCUUACAACUAUCUGAGUCAAGGGAUGUUGACUGAGUACAGAAACUUCCCAGAAAUUCCACAUAAUCUCGCCGAUUGUGCCAGGCUCUUCAAGGAGUGCUACUCACCAGCCGACAAGGCUCAGGAAAAUUCCAGUUCAGCGCCUGAGGAAGAAAGCCAGGAUGAGGAUAUCGCUACAUCGACAGAUGACGCAGACACCUCGGGUCGCCAGAUUAUGACGAUGCUGCGGAUGAAGACAGCGUGAAAGUGAAAUUCUAGAGAGAAGACAGACCGUGACUGAGACAUCAAC